GGGGUUGGAGGCUUGAAAUUGUACCGCGCGCAUUUUGUAUAACAAUUUACAUUGUUCCUGUUUUUAUCACAAUCUAAUUAUAUGUUAAACUAAGUUUCUAUGCCACUGUGUAUAAGCAGAGCAGGUGAACUAAGCUGAUCUCCACAACUAUUUACUCUAUACUCUGUGCGCAGGAAAGCUGAAUGCGAAAUGAGAUUGAUGUUAGCGUGUCUGUAAAGUGAAGUUGAGGUUAUCGAAAUCAGGUCGUAUGAUGAGUAGAAGUGAAGACAUCAAGCCACAGAGGGACACAAUUUUGACUUAAUGGGUCUAAUUAGUCGUAGUUGUUGGGGAUUAUGUGGUGCAUUAUUGAAGAGAGAAAAACUAAAUAAGAUAAUUGCCCCCCAAUCAUUCAGCGUUUUCACCUUACCUCGAAUCUUCGCAUCGCAAAACUUUUCAGGCGAUUCUGAUGCUAACGAUGUUGAUAAUGUGGUAUGUAGGCGUGCGGCAAAGGAUACUCUUUUUAAUUGCUUAAGUGGAAUUUUUGAGUGUACACAAGACGAAAUAAAAAGUAUGUUAAAGAAAUCUCCGUCUCUAGUCAACAUGUAUCGAGAUAACAUAGUUAGGAAUGCGAAGUAUUUAAAAGACAGUGGUUUGAUGAAAAGUAAUUUAGUAGCUCAUCCAUGGGUACUGGAAUAUAAUUCACAACUUUUCCCGUCAGCACUCAAGCUUCUAAAACUAUUUCAUCAUGAUGUGAAUGUUAAUCUUCCAUUUCUGGUUAUUCCUUACAAAAAACUUUUCCAUAUGGCAAAAAGAAGAGAAUUAAAUAAUGUCGUAAGUGAAAAAAGUACAAUUGAGUGGUUGAGCGACUUACUGGAGUGUGAUGAAAAAGUUCUGAGCAACACUUUAUUAAAACAUUAUUAUAUACUUGGGAUGCCUCAAGAACGAAUUGUGUACAUUUUAAAUAUUUUGAAAGAGGGAGGAGUACCUCUAGAAAGCAUUGUGAAGGACCUUUGCAUUUUCCAACAUAAUUCUGAUGUGAUGAAGCGACGCUUGGCAGAAGCCCAAGAGAGGGGUAUAGGCUCCUUGAAGCCUUGGAGCCUCCGCUGUUCUGAGAGCACUUUCCAGAGGACAAUUGAGAGAAGAGCGAAAGCAAGAGAGUUCCUGGGUGAUCAUAAAUCUGUAAAAGACUAUCUUGCUACAAGACUUCAGUGUGAUGAAAAAAUUCUGACACAUAUUUUCAGAAAAAUUCCUCAGAUGAAACACAUAACUGUGCUGAAAGUCAAGGAACUUCUAGAUUUUUUGUAUGAUGUGGGUUACUCACCGGAAGAGGUGUGUUGCACACCUAGAAUUUUGACAAGGAGUUUGAGGACAGUUAAGGCACGUGUGGUAGAAUUGGAAUUACUGGGUAUUACACAUCCAACUCUUUUAGUCUUAUGUAAGACAACCAAAGAGUACCAAGACCUAAUAAGAAAACUGAAACAUAGUCAAUGAGUUGUUUGUUAACUGUCUAACCGAGUGUUUGCGUUUUUUUUCUUCUGCAUUUCUGAUCAUUCUCAAGCUUUUCAUUUGUUGUACAUCAACCAUGUGAAUGUAGUAAAGAUCUUAUGUGUAGAACAAGAUUGUUCUUAUCAACAAAAUUAUUGCCAAAAAAAUUAUCACUGGUUUUUGGGUGCAUACUUUAAAAAAAAAUUAAAUAUUCAGCAAUUUCCUGAUGCAUAUUACAAUGUAAUAUUCCUUUUUACAGUUGUGUAAUCAGAUACAUUGAGAAUAUCACUUUUUAUUUGUUUGAAAUUUCAAUAUAGAUUAACACAGUAAUGAAACCAGAUGUAAUACUAUCAAUUUCAAACACAGCAUUUUGCUAGAUUCUCUCCCACUUAUUCGGGAAGAUUGAUAGUAUUGACAGAAAGACAUCAAUGUUGUUUGCUUCUUGUUAGUGAAUUAAGAUUAUUAAAAGUAAUAACAGAAUUUUCAAACCAGUUACACAGAUGUUAAAAAUGACAUCAUGAAAAGGAAUCAUCUGGAAAUGCUAUGUGUGGUCAAGACAUUUGUUGCACAGUCAUGAACUGACUGCUGUUUCACAAUUAAUUUUUCCUCUACUGCUAUUCUUAAAAAUCAUUUUAGUUAGCAUACAUGCAUUUCUUUUAUCUGAAAUUAGCAGAAUAACAACAGUGGGUCUUUCCCUCGUGUGUGUGUGUGUAGAGUUACAAAAGUAAUUUUUUCAUUUAUUAGUUUAAAUCAGUGAUAGCAAAAGUAUUACGUGUGUCUUUGAUAAAUUAAUUUGUAUGUUCUGAAAAAAUACUCUACUUUUAUUGUAUUCCAUAAAAUGGUGAUAAAUGUCUUGGACAUUACAAAAUUGUUAAAACUUUUAUUAACAUAUUUUAUAAAUGUUUUAAACAAUGCUCUUUUGUACCGUGAUUAUUACCGUACCACAAUUAUUAUUUACUACAUGCAAAAUUUUGGAAAUUAAAUAAUGUUUGUUAAAUAGCUGUGUAUAUGUCUGUUCUUUAAGAACACAAUAUCUACACUGAAGUUGAUAGAAGAGUCUCUAUGAACACUUUUACUUUCUCCAGCAUUUAAUACAGAGAAAGUAUAUCACACAUGUAAAAAAUAUAUCUUUGGAUUUUUGACAAAAUUAGUUGGUUUAGUAACCCCCAAUACAGAUUUUAUUUUCUUACAAAUGUUGAUAUUUUCAUCAUCUGUGAUCGUGCUUGUUGACUUUCAUCUCCUUCUCUCUCACUCAUUGAUCUACAAAAAGUGUCCGAUUAGUUUCAGAGAUAUGCCAAGAGCAAAACUAAGUG